UGCAAUUUUAACAUACUUGAAGUCGAAGCUAAUCUUAAAACUCCUCUUUACGCGAUCUGUGACUUUCCCUUCGCUUUCGUAUUGGGAAUUUGCAAAUACAACUCGCAUAUUCUCUCUCCCUCGCUCUCUUUUAAAGCUUCAUCGCCGCCGUCGUGUCUGGUUGCUUCGAUUCACCGACGUUUACAUGGCUGCUGGAAGACAUGGUGGUUACAGGGAUAAUGAAUUUAGGGGGCGUGAAGUUGAGUUUGAGGUUUCACGGAGGGAGCUUGGUUACUCCAAGGGGGAUUACGAAAGAAUUAGGUCUGAGGAUCGGGAUUUUGAUAGGGAUCGAGUUCAUGACAGGAGUGGUCGAGAUAGGGGUAGGUUGAGACAGAAGGAUGUAAAGGAAAGGGAUUUGACAAAUGGGAGUUUUAGGUCCAUGUCAAGCAGGAGUGAUUCUGGUAGUAGUGAUGGUGAUGGUGGUGGAGCGAGGAGAAGUGGUGGGCUUGGUGUCAGAGCUGUUGACCGAGAGCCUAUAAAAGAAAGGGAUAUGAUAAAUGGCAGUUAUAGAUACAUAAAAUGGCAAAAUGUUAAGAUGUUUGGUACAAAACCUUAA